CAGCAACAUUCUGACUGUAUGCAUUUUAAUUAACUAAUAAUAAAAAUAUCUAAACAUGUGAUUUCAUUUUGUCCCCUAUCACUUCCACUGUAAACAUGUUAGGAGCUUUUAAUGGCCAGAAUGAAUGGCAGGAAUGACAGAAGCAAGCAAAACCUUUUUGAAUGUACAUAUAUGCAGCUUCUGGUUUAACACAGACUUGACAAUACUUUCAAAAAUAAACUUAUACGAGAGGAAAUGGAUAUAAAUAUUUCAUAACAACUCAAAAUAGAAAAUGACCUGAAGCUGAAAAAAGUAUUUAGUAUGUGUUCUUGUUUGAGUAACAAAGCCGAAGCCGAAUGUGAUUAACAUGUCUGCAUGUUUGUGUGUUGUGUUUUGUUUCUUCAGAGGUUGGUCUCGAUGAACAUGCCUCUCAACAGUGAUGGGACAGUUACCUUCAACGCAACACUGUUUGCCCUGGUUAGAACUGCACUGAAAAUAAAGACAGAAGGUAAUUUUGAACAAGCCAAUGAGGAACUGAGGGGAAUUAUCAAGAAGAUCUGGAAGCGCACUAGCAUGAAACUACUGGAUCAAGUCAUCCCACCUAUAGGAGAUGACGAGGUGACAGUGGGAAAGUUCUAUGCCACUUUCCUAAUACAGGAUUAUUUCAGGAAAUUGAAGAAGAGACAGGAAGAGUACUAUGGCUACCGGCCCACCAAGAAAAGUGCUACCCAUGAGAUACAGGCAGGCCUGAGGAACAUUGAGGAGGAGGCAGCGCCAGAGCUCCAUAGGGCCAUCUCUGGAGACCUUUUGACUGAGGAAGAGGUGGAGCGAGCUACUGACAAAGUAGCUGUGGAGGGCAUCUUCAGGAGACAAGCUAGUCUUUUUGGAAACCACUCGGACCCUUUUUCUGUAGAGCGUGAGAUAGCCAGUGUUGGCCAGGCCACCAGCCAGCGCCCUCUGCAGAUGGCAGAAGGAGUCAACAACAACAGCGACACAAGUCAUAG